ACGGCCCUUCCCGGCAUGCCCUGCGGCAGCCGCCGGAGCCUGAGCUGUUGCGCCUGCAGCGCCGCCUCCCUGGCGGCCGGAAACGCCGCUAUGGACCACAGCGGGUCCGGCUUCGCCUCAAACUGGAGCACCGAGGGCCUCGGCAUCCACGACACCCUGGACUCCCUGGUGUUGGCUCUGUACCUCCUGUCGGUCCUCAGUGUCGGACUGUGGGCCAUGCUGUCAAGCAGUCGUGGGACCGUAACAGACUUCUUUCUGGCUGGCCGGAAUCUGGCAUGGUGGCUGGGUGUAGGCACUGGAUAG